UGGUAUAGUGUUUUCAAUGGUCGGUGGCGUCCGUGUGUUCUUUCAUUUGUCAUAAUAAUAAUUUAUAGUAAUAUAAUAAUCGUAUGCUUAUUAUUUCAGUACCAUAUUUUUAUAAUUAUAAUGAUAAGCAAAUAUACAAAAACACAUCAAAAUAUAAACGAAAUAAAUAAUAAAAUCACAUUGCUCAGCAUGUAAACGACGCGUGGUAGUGCUACUGUACUCCAAAUAUUUUUUGUGUUAGUAUUGCAUAUGUGAAAAAAUAGAAAAAGUAAUAUAUAAACACCUAUUCGUAUUGGUGAAGUGGUAAUAAAGUAACAGUGAAUAUCUUUUUUAAAAAGUUGCUUGUACAAAUACUAUAUUUUUUAUGAUUGUACUAACGUUUUAAGAUGCCUGGCGAAGAGGAAAACAUCGAAGGUGGAACUGCAGAGGGUAAAUCUAAUGAAUUCAAAAAAGUAUCCGAAGUGAAAAGUUCAAUAGAACAAGAUACUACAGUCCAAUCUAAAGAAAAUACAGGUAACAGGAAUACGGAGAUUGCUUUGAAUACAUUAGAAGAUAAAAAUUCUGAAAAAGCAUCUACAGUUAAAGAGCCUUCUAAAAACAGUGAGACUCGAAAACGCAAGUCCGAUGGUGAUGAUACAAAUGAGUCAAGUGAGGAUACAUGUCAUAAGAUUGAAGAUGAUAAGGAGAAGAAAUCCAUUCCCCUUUUAGAUCAACCAUUAGAAGUGUCAGGUACAAGAGAAAGAAAAAAAGUAAACCGAUUUAAUGAGGAAUUUAAUGACUCAAAGGAACUUUCAAAGUUAGAGAUUCCGGAGGGUUCAGGCAUACCGUUGGGAGAAAUUCCAAGAAUUGACGCAUCAAUUUCUCGUUUUAAAAAUGACGAUCUUAAAGUUUUACACAGAUUGCUUUAUAAAUGUCAAGGAAAAACAACCAAAACUAAAGCGAACAUAAAAAGAUUUAAUGGUUUUGAUUUUGAAAAAGACUCUGAAGAAUAUAAAAAAAAGCUGACAUGGAUCCAAAAAUUUGACUUGAAACAACUUAAAAGUAUUUGUGAAAUGCUAGACUUGGAAAAAAAGGGUACAAAAGAUGAAGUAUCUGAAAGAAUAAUCAUCUUCCUUAUGGAGCCUCAGGAUAUUGGUAAAGUACCAGGAGGAGGUAGACCAAGAAGAUCUGCAGCUGUCAAAGCUAGCAAUAGAGGAUAUUCUUCCCAUGAUUCAGGCUCAGCAGAUGAGAGGCAUUCAUUCAGAAAUAAAAGGGGAAAGGGAAAAAGAGUAAAUUUAAAGGACGAUAGUUCAAGUGGGAGUGAUGAGGAAUUUCAGCCAUCAGACGAGAGUGAAGAAGUUUUAAGAACAGGCAAAUCAGGGAAAAGGGGUUCUUCUGAAGACGUUAGUGAUGUUAGCGAAUCAUCUUUGGAAGAAAGUGACGAAGAACCGAAAAAACGUAAGAAAAAUAAAAAAAUUGUAAGCAGCACAAAGAAGAGAGCGCCAUUGAAGCGGGGAAGACCAGCUAAUGACAAAAAAAAGCUUCUUAUGAAAAAACAAACAAAAGAAGAAGAAGAUGGUGAUGAAACUGAUGCCAAAAACAAUGAUGUCAGCUCAUCGGAAGACGAACCGCUUAUUAAGAAAAAAGCAAAAAGUCUUCAGCCUCCGACGGAUGAAGAAAUAAAGACGUGCGUAAAAGAAAUACUUGAUGGUGCUAAUCUUGAAGAAAUAACGAUGAAGACCGUUUGUAAGCAGGUUUACGCGAAUUAUCCCAACUUUGAUCUUUCACACAAGAAAGAUUUUAUAAAAAGUACAGUUAAAUCGUUAAUAUCAACAUGAACUGUUCUACUUCAAAAAGUGAAACAGUUAACAAGUGUUAAGAAUUCGGCACAAGAACUGAAUUCAGUACAAAAAUAAAUAAAAUCAUCAUGU